AUGGAAAGGAUCCAUAGUUUGCAGGGUUUAGUUUCUCGGAGGAUUUUACUGUGGAAACAUGCCCGUCGUUUGAAAUCUGGAAUCCAUCAUCAUCAUUGUCGUCAUGAGGAAAAGCGCCACGUUUGGUUCAGCAGCAGCAGCAGCCAACAUGGACGUCACAACCAGACAAAAUGGCUAAAUAAUAACAAUAAUGUUAGUAGUAUUAUUAACGGACGUUCUUGUUGCGAAACACACCUUCUUCCCGACUGCUCGGAUCAGAUCGGCCAGAAAGCUUCAUGUUUGUACCCUGCUACUGGGGAUCUUAGCCCAAAAAAUGAGAAAAUCGGACUUGUCGAAGUAGCAGCCGAAAAAAGAGAAGGGCAAAGGCGUCAUUUUCUUGCUGAUCAAAUUAAUAUCAAUAACAACAAUUAUUUUUACACUUCAAUUGGAAAAAAUCUUUUUUCGACGCAAAGAAACAAAAGAAUUCUGUCAUUCAUCCUAAAAGAAAUUAAUGCUUGGCACCGUCUUUUGGUUCAGUCUAACAUUUUGGUGCCAAGUCUACAACUAAAUCUCAAUGAACAUCUUUGUUUCUUUCAAAGCAGUCAACCUUCAAACCAGCAGCAACAGCAAGAUGGUAAAGAUGACAACAAAAAGGACCCAGAUAAAGAUGAUAAAAUUCCAAUGUUUCCUCGUAUUUUUAUUUGGUUGACUUUGUUAUUUGCUGCCUACACUCUCCUACGUAUGAUGCAAGGGGCUGACUCAAAUUUGUACAAUUUCAUCUCCUGGAAUGAAUUCUACCAUGAGAUGUUAGCCAAAGGUGAGGUACAAGAAGUCAUUAUUCGUCCUGAAGCUGAAAUUGCUGUGAUCCGCCUUUAUGAUGGAGCCAUAAUCAAGGGGAGACCUGUGACUUUACCUGUGUUCACAAUGAAAAUCCCAGAUCCAUACCAUUUUGAAGAGAAGAUCCGAAAAGCUGAAGAAGAACUGUGUAUUAGAAAUGCUGACAAAAUCUCUGUGUCUUAUCAUCGAGAUAGUUCAUGGACUCCAUUGAUUUUCAUGGGGAUUAUAGCUUUGGCUGUUUUCAUGUUGGCACGAAGUAUGACCAAAGUAUCUUUACCAAAUCCAACCGAAAUGUUUGCAAGUGAACGCAAAGCUAGAUUUGUGAGAGUAGACACUUUGGGACAGAAAGGUAAAGGAAUCAGUUUCAAAGAUGUGGCUGGUCUCAAAGAGGCCAAAAUGGAAGUGAUGGAAUUUGUAGACUACCUCAAAACACCCAAGAGAUUCAAAGAUCUUGGAGGUAAAAUUCCAAAAGGAGCACUUUUAUUGGGACCACCAGGCUGUGGUAAAACAUUGCUGGCUCGGGCUGUAGCUACAGAAGCAAAUGUUCCAUUUUUGGCAAUGGCAGGAUCAGAAUUUGUGGAAGUACUUGGUGGUCUUGGAGCAGCUCGUGUCAGAGAUCUUUUCAAAGAAGCUCGUAAAAAAGCCCCUUGUAUUAUUUAUAUUGAUGAGAUUGAUGCCAUUGGACGCAAGAGAGGUGGCAGCCAGGCUGGAAUGAAUGCAGAGGAAGAACACACAUUGAACCAAUUGCUGGUUGAAAUGGAUGGUAUGGGCACACAAGAAGGAGUAAUUAUGAUUGCAGCUACAAACAGGGCAGACAUUUUGGACAAGGCACUCCUUCGUCCUGGCCGUUUUGAUAGGCACAUCACCAUUGAUCUCCCCACAAUGAUAGAACGACAAGAAAUCUUUGAAAUGUACCUCAAGAAAUUGAAAUUGGCAUUGGAACCAGAUACCUAUUCCUCCAAAUUAGCUCAGCUCACCCCAGGAAUGAGUGGUGCUGACAUUGCUAACAUUUGCAAUGAAGCUGCUUUAUGUGCAGCCAGAUUUGGCAAAAAUCAAGUCGAUAAAGAGGACUUUGAAUAUGCAGUUGAAAGGGUUGUAGCAGGUGUGGCCAAAAAGAGUCGCCUCUUGUCUCCAACUGAAAAGAAAGUGGUAGCAUAUCAUGAGUCCGGCCAUGCUUUAGUGGGUUGGCUUCUCAAAUACACGGACGCCCUUCUCCGGAUCUCAAUUGUUCCUCGAACAAACAGUGCACUGGGAUUUGUCCAGUACUUGCCUUCUGACCAGAAACUUUAUUCAAUUGAACAGUUGUUUGAAAGGAUGUGCAUGGCAUUGGGGGGUAGAGUUGCAGAGGCAAUUACCUUUAAUCACGUGACCACAGGUGCUGAAGAUGAUUUGAAAAAAGUGACAAAAAUGGCAUAUGACCAGAUUCGGACAUAUGGCAUGAAUAAACGCAUUGGUCAUUUGUCUUUUCUUGAGAAUCAAAACAUGUCUGGCUACAAACCCUACAGUAAACAUUUGGCUUCCAUUAUUGAUGAGGAAGCCAGAACUCUUGUGAGCAAUGCCUAUAGACACACUGAAAGUGUUCUUUUGAAUAAUAGGGAUAAACUUCAAUUGUUGGCCACUACAUUGCUGGAGAAGGAAGUUCUGACCUAUGAAGACAUUGAACAGCUGAUUGGUCCCCCACCUCAUGGUCAGAAGAAUGUUAUAGAACCAGUGGGUUGGGAAGGCAUUUCUCCACCAAGUGAUGACACGCCUACAACCAAAAGACGUCGAAAUGGAAAGCGACAGUCUCGUCACUAG